AUGGCAAGAACAAUGUUGAUUGGCAGUGGACUUGCAAAGAACUUUUGGGCUGAAGCUGUCAACACUGCCUACUACUUAGUGAACAGGUGCAUGAUCAGAUCAAUUCUGAACAAGACCCCGUAUGAACUGCUGAAUCGAAGAAAACCCAAGCUAACCUACCUAAGAACGUUUGGAUGCAAAUGCUAUGUUCUCAACAAUGGAAAAGAUCAGCUUGAUAUGAUGAGUCAAAUGAAGGAGGCAAAUGAAGACAACACUGCCUCAUCAUCUACAGAACCAAGCACUUUAAUUACAACCACUGAAGCUGAAGAAAGAGUGGUUGAUGCAGUUCAGGGAACUUCACUAGCAUCUAAGAGAAGGAUAGAGGAGAAUCGGCCAAACAUACCUUAUUCCUCUCAGAAUAAACCCCAAUCAUCUAACUGGAGACAUCUUCUCACCUUAUAG